AUGGCGACAUCAGAAACAUCAAUUUCCCGGUCAGAGAUCGUCAACAACUACACCUCUCUCGACCAGAAGGGCAUCGUCAUCGCAGAAUACGUCUGGAUCGAUGCCGAAGGCAACAACCGCUCCAAGACUCGCACCCUUGAGCCUCGUGACGAUGGCAAGCAGUGGGACGUUGACACAUUACCCAUCUGGAACUUCGAUGGGAGUUCCACUGCCCAGGCGCCUGGCGAGAACUCGGAUGUCUACCUCCGCCCCUGUGCCGUCUACCCCGACCCCUUCAGGAAGGGCGACAACAUCCUUGUCUUGACAGAGUGCUGGAACCAUGACGGGACCCCUAACAAGUACAACUACCGCCAUGAGUGCGCCAAGCUCAUGCAGGCACAUGCCGAGACAGUACCCUGGUUCGGUCUGGAGCAGGAGUACACUCUCCUUGAUCUGAACGACAAGCCGUACGGCUGGCCCCAGAACGGUUUCCCUGCUCCUCAAGGCCCAUAUUACUGCGGCGUCGGUGCUGGCCGGGUGGUUCAGCGCGAUAUUGUCGAGAGCCACCUGCGCGCCUGCAUUUACGCCGGCGUCAAGAUCUCGGGCACCAACGCCGAGGUCAGCAAGUCACAAUGGGAGUUCCAGGUCGGCCCUUGCGUCGGCAUCAGCAUGGGUGACGAUCUCUGGAUCGCCCGUUACAUUCUCUCCCGCGUCGCUGAGGACUUCGGCGUCAAGGUUUCGCUGCACCCCAAGCUGAUCCCUGGCGACUGGAACGGCGCCGGCAUGCACAGCAACUUCUCCACCCAGGAGAUGCGCGAAGAGGGUGGCAUGAAGGCGAUCGAGGCUGCCAUCAAGAAGCUCGAGGGCCGCCACCUGGAGCACAUCGCCGUCUAUGGCGAGGACAACGAGAAGCGCCUCACUGGCCGUCACGAGACUGGUGCCAUUGACUCAUUUACCUAUGGCGUUGCUAACCGCGGCGCAUCCAUCCGUAUUCCCCGGGAAGUCGCUGCCAAGGGCUGCGGUUACUUCGAGGACCGCAGGCCCGCGAGUAACGCCGAUCCUUACCGUGUCACUGGUAUUCUCAUGGAGACGAUUUAUGGCGCUGUCUAA